AUGCAAGAGGGCCAAUCCUGGGAUGCCCUCCCGGCCGAUCUCGUCGCCGACCUCGCUCAGCUCACAAAGGCCAACUCCAUCGAAGCCGUCCUCCAAGGCAACAAAAAGGACAACAUCACCGUCAUCUACACGCCCUGGUCGAACCUCAAAAAGGAUGGCUCCAUGGAUGUCGGCCAAGUCAAGCGUGUCCUCGUCGCCCAGCGCGAGAACCCCAUCGUCAACCGGCUCAACAAGACCAAGGUCGAGAAGAAGCCGGACCUGAAGCUCGAGCGCGACGAACGCCUCAAGAUGCUCCGCCGGCGGGAGCAGGACGCCCAGCAGCAACGGAGGAAGGAAGAGGCCAAGCAGGCGCAGGAGUGGAAGGAAAAGAAGUGGCAAAAGGAUCACGCCUACGACAAACUCUUUACCGAAGAAAACAUGGCCGCCAUGAGCAACCAGGAGCGCGACGAAAAUUGGGAAGACGACUUUAUGUGA